UCAUCAUUUAUAACUUUUAUAAAGGACUCACUAUCUGUGAAGAUCUUCCACAAUUCAGAAAAUGGCUGAUUUUAAAAAAUCUGCAAAGAUUACCCACUCAUUGAAUGUACUCACGUCCUUCAAUGAACUAAAACAAUCUGACUGCCUUUGUAACUUCACAAUCAAAGUUGGUGACAAAUCUUUUAAAGUCCAUCGAGACCUGCUUGGCGCAGUAUCAAAGUACUUCAAAGGCAUGUUUUCAAGUAACAUGGUUGAGGCUCGGAAUGGUUUUGUCAUUAUGAAAGACAUCUGUGCUGAUGCUGUAGGGCAGUGUGUUGAUUUCAUGUAUACUGGUGAAGCAAAUCCAUCGAUGGAAUCUGUUGAGAAUACUUUGUAUGCUUCCCACUUAAUGCAGCUUGAUGUAUUAUCAAGUAUAUGCUUUAAUUUCAUGGAAAAUAAUCUGUCAGUGCAGCAUUGCCUUCUUGUGGUCAGGUUGGCAAGACUUCAUGAUCGUACAAAGUUACAAACCAUUGCUGAGCGAUUCAUUGUGGAUAAUUUUGAGUCUCUGAUUUUGGGUGGAGAUUUUUUACAUCUGAGCAAAGAAGAACUUGUAUUUUAUCUGCAAAAGUUGGAUGGAAAUCAUGAAAUAGUUUGGCAUGCUGUGAAGAGAUGGAUUUCAAACAAAGAUGAAAAAAUUGGAUCAGAAUUGAUGGAGACUUGUCAUUUUGGAGAGUUUCCUUAUGAAUUUUUGCUCACUGAUCUGUUGAAUGAUUCUUUGGUAGAAAGUUCUCCAGAUGCAAAAAGUUUUGUCAUCGAAAAAUUGCUUUCGAAUAUCGAUGGGUUGAAAGAGUAUUUGUCUCUUGACACUUUAUUCAUUUUGAAGAAGAUUAAUCGGAUCGAAAACCAAGUUUGCUCAGAGAAUGUCAGAAAAAUAAUCAAUGAAUUUAUGGCUCAGAAUUUUGAACAGAUUGUACCGAUGGAUGAAUUUAUCGAAUUGGGAAAAGAUGAAAUUAUUUUCUUGUUCAAAUCUCGGGAAACGAAAUAUUCUUCAGAGAAAAUUAAAUGGGAAACUGCACUAAAGUGGACCAAACAAAGACGUCAUAAUCAGAAAAUUUUUUCAGACUUGUUCGAGUUGAUAAAACUUGAGGAAUUUUCUGAGAAUUUUAUUCGGCAAACAGUUAGAAAUGAACCUUUAGUUAAAGAGUCGCAUAAGUGUAAAGAUUUAUUGCUUGAUGUUGUCUAUGCCAGGGCCCCUGUGGCUCAACUGGUCCCACAUAUUGCUGUAUCAACAAAGACUGGUUUGAAGGCUCUGAAUCUCCAAACAAAUCAAUGGUCUAGUUUGCAGUUAGAUUAUGAAGUUGACAUUUAUCUUGUCAAUGCUGAGGGAAGAUUGUAUGCUUCAGAUGGGAAUGAAUUGUGUUUGCUACAAGAUGGCCGAUGGAUUAAAAAAGCCAAAGUUGAAAAGAAGGGUGAUGGAUGGGAUAAUAUGGUUUAUCUCAAGGGUGGGAUUUAUGGUAUUAGCCGUGAACAGCAUACAAUGCGAUAUGACAUUGCUAAAGACAGAUGGGAUAAGAAUUUGCCUUCAUGUCCACUUGGUUAUGGUUAUUCUGCUGCUGCCUCUGAUGAGUUUAUAUAUGCGAUGGGAGGUUGGCCAACAGAAAGAGAAGCAAAAGUAUACGAUCCAGAAACGAAUAAAUGGUCUUCCCUGCCACAGAUGAUUCAAGCAGCAUAUAUUAGUGCAGCAGUCGUUUUUCAAAGUAUGGUUUAUGUACUGGGAGGUUGGAAUUUGAUCAGCACUCACAACCUUGUUCAAUGUUAUAAUCCGGUUGUUCGCUCAUGGACAGAAAUUGCAAAAAUGAAGAUGAAUAGAGGUUGGUUCAGUGCAUGUGUUGUUGACAAUAAAAUGUUUGCAGUUGGUGGUGCUAAAGGUAAAGGCCGGACCAAGGAUUCUAUUGAAACCUUCAAUAAAGAAAUCGGUGAAUGGAAAAUAGUCUGUAAAAUGGAUCGGCCUAAUGGGGCAGGAUGGCCUGAGGUAGAAUGGGUUUAUUGCUGUUGCUAUGCUCGAUAG